AUGGCUUGCUUAGCAGCCUUUCGACAUCAGCCUAUUCUUUGUUCUCCGGUUUACAGAUUCACUUGUCGCUCGCUUGUGUGCCUAGAAGUCUCACAGCGCGUUGCAUAUAUAUUCCUCCCAGCGCAUCCUCUUCCCAAGCUCCAUAUCGCACACUCCUCCAAACGCGACUCCACAAGAACAAUUACUUCAACCAAUCUCAAAAUCACCCACAUCCACAACGACAUGACAGCCACACCCGCCUCUACUCCCGAACCCGAAUACUCUGCACCAGCCACCGACAGUUCCGCCACAACAACGAUGCCUACUCGUUCUUCCCAAGAAUACCAGUUCCUUCCUAGUGUUUUCAUCAUCAAAUACGGCAAGUCGCAGGAUUCGAUAAUGCCACACCAUCUAGUCCCGGGGACUGACCGUGCCUCGUUAACAGUUGAACAUCUGUCACUGCUCAACUUCUGGCGCUUCCUUAGUCGAGAAUUCGGAGCAAAGCCCGCCACUCAUCGCCUGCUGGCAUACGUGCCAGGUGAAUGUGGCGGCCCAGAGCAGAUGGUGGACAUGAAGAACCGACGUAUUUGGCUUUCCCAGCUCCAACAUUGCCACAAUGCUGGCUGGAAUAGUGUUGUUUUUCUCAUUCAAGAACGACAAGUGGGCGAUGACGAUGUAGCAGAGAUCAUCUUGGAGGACGAUGAUGCGCAGCGGAAAUCCUGGAUCCGUGUGCUUGGAUGGCGGUUCGUGCCUCCCAUCGUGUUCGUGGUGCUUGCGAGCAUGGUCGGGCAAUAUGCAUCUGCAUCUGGAUGA